CUACAGUAGUAAUUUCUUCCCUUUCAGAUACCGCUCUCCGAGCGGCAAUGGCGUUCGCCGCCGCCGCGAGGAGAAACCUCGCUUCCCGCGGCCUCUCCGGUCUCCUAGAGCGCCGCCUCCGUCCGUCUAUCCACCAGCUUCUUCCAUCUAACUCCACCGGCGAGCCCCGAAAACCACCGCCCCUUCCACCCCAGCCCGCGCCUCGGUCGCUCCAUUUCGCGCUCGCCCCUUGCGGAUGCGGGACAUCACAAACCCUAAACUACCUCCCAUUCGGUCUCCACCUCCUCCCCGGGCCACCCCGCCGCAGCUUCUCCUCGGUCUCCCGCGGCCCCGACUUCACCGACGUCCUCACCGAUGCCGCCCAUGCCGGGGCGGCCCCGGCGAGCUUCCCCGGCGAGGUGGCGUGGGCCGCGGAGGACUCGUCGACGGCCGUCGCGGCGGCGCAGCAUCUCAUCGACGCGGUCCAUUCCAUCACCGGUUUUAACUGGUCAGGGUGGAUUUCCAUUGCUCUAUCCACGGUGCUGCUGCGAUGUGUGGUGUCUACAGUGUGGAUGCUUUACUUAAAGAGCGCAUAUGUGAUGCGUCAGGAUCUGGGUCACUUUGGCAAGUUGGUAAAGAAUGCUAAGGAUCAUGCAUCAAGGGGAGAAGCUGAAAAUGCAGGGCGUCAUAUUACCAAAAAAUUACGUCUUCUGAUAAUUCUUCCACACAUUGCGACAACGUACACCUUUAUAACUCUUUAUUCUGCUAUAUCAAACAUGGUUGAGAAAGUCCCAUCUUUAAAUGCGGGUGGUGCAUUCUGGUUUACUGAUCUGACGACCCCUGAUGCUCUUUGCAUCUUUCCCAUGAUAACAUCACUGUUCAUCAUGCUUCGUGUUGAGCUCGAUCGCCAUGCGAUAAGGAGAUGUAAAGAAUGCACUCGCAAGAAGGACAGAAUAAAGAAGGUCUGGAGAGCAAUAUCUCUUUUAUCUAUGCUGUGGACAACAACCCUUCCUCAGGCGAUUUCCUGGUCCUUCGUUGCGUGGACCUCUGUGGGUCUUGUAGAAAGGAGAGCUCUUAGGCAGCCAGCUGUGCAGGCAGUACUAUUUGGCGCACCCUUGGAGCUAGGACUUAGGUGUUCCUCUUGUGCUGGAUUAAACAGGCCAACUGCUAAAGAUUCCCCGUCUCUUGUCAAAGAACAGGAACAACCAGUUCCCCCAAAGACAGGGAAAUACGACUCUGAUAAGAAAUCGACCAAAGGCGGUUAAAUUUUGACACAAUCCCGAUUUGCUGCUCUUUCUAUAUAUGUUAAACACUAACAACUUUCUGGGUCAGCAAUCACCUAACAACUGUCGUCUUAUGCUUUAUUUGAAUCCAGUUGAUUAGAGUAUGACUGGCUGCUACUUUUACUAGAGAGUGGAGGUGAAUAGGCAGCGUACUGACAUUUUUAUCAUAUAUGCUAAGUAGCUUAGGUAUCGCGAGAUGUCCUGGUUAGCAUUGACAUGAUCUUUUUUUAAUAGUGUUCCAUUGAUACCAAUGACAUUGUACAUUUGGAUUUUGGUGCGAAAGUAUUUGAAUUUUCAAA